UUCAGCAGUUGCAUGUCUUCAUUCAAGCAAAGGCUUAAAUUCUCAAUACCCCAAUACUACCAGACAACAAAUGGGGCUGUUUUCUGAAAUAUUAGCCCUUGAGUGGAUGGACACAAGAGGUGUUUUAAUAUUCAUCUUCGUUUUCUUGAUCCUUGCUGACUAUCUAAGAAAUAGAAGCCCCUCCGAUUUUCCUCCCGGACCCUGGACUCUUCCUAUUAUUCGGGACACAUAUCGGGUCGAUCCCAACAAAAUGCAUCUGAAUUUUGAGGAGUUUGCUGGGAAAUAUGGACCAAUUUUUAGCAUUCAAAUCUUGGGUGUAAGAGUUGUGGUUGUCAAUGGAUACAAGCUUAUGAGAGAAGUCUUGGUCAAGAGAGGAGAAGACUAUACAGAUCGCCCGAUUAUACCAAUAAUCUACGAUGUGAAUGAAACAAAAGGUUUGUUGUUGUCUAGUGGUAACUCCUGGAAGCAGCAGAGGAGAUUUGCUCUCUACACACUGAGGAACUUUGGUUUGGGUAAGACGCGUCUGGAACCAACCAUCCAGCAGGAGUGCCAGUACCUGAUUGAGAGCUUUGCACAGCAGCAAGGAGCGCCCUCCAAUCCUAGAACAGCCUUAAUCAAGGCAAUCUCCAACAUCAUCUCCUGUUUGUUGUUUGGGAAACGCUUUGAGUACACUGAUAAGAAGCAUCAGUCUAUCGUUGAGGACUUUCAUGAAUUAGUAAAGCUACAAGGAGGGAGAGGGGCGAUGCUGUACAACACGUUUCCAUGGCUGGUGAAGCAUUUUCCUGGACCUCACAGGGGGGUGUUCACUCUGACUCGUAGAGUUUUGUCCUACAUUGAAGAGCGGGUCGAAGAGCACAGAGUGGAUCAUGACCCCUCAUUGCCCAGAGACUACAUCGACUGCUUCCUCACAGAAAUGCUCAAGAAUGAGGCUCCUGAAUCAAGGUUUGACAUCGAGAACCUGAGUGUUUGUACACUGGACCUAUUUGUUGCUGGGACUGAAACCACCACCACCACUCUGCAUUGGGGACUGCUGUUCAUGACCUACUACCCUGACAUACAAAAGAAAGUCCACGCUGAACUAGAUACCGUAGUUGGCUCAUCUAGGCAACCCUCCAUGUCUGACAGAGACAGCACUCCCUAUACUUACGCUGUCAUACAAGAAACCCAAAGGAUGGGUAACAUCUUACCUCUCAAUAUUGCCCGUAUGACUACAAGGGAAACCCACAUUGGAAAGUACACUCUCCCAAAGGGUACCGUGGUGAUGGCCACCCUGAACUCGGUUCUACGUGAUGAGACUAUGUGGGAAACGCCACACUCCUUCAACCCUCAACACUUCCUGGACCAGGACGGGCAGGCUAGAAACAGGGAGGCCUUCCUGCCCUUUUCAGCUGUGACCAACACGUCCAUGUGAGGGCAAUCUUUCCUUGGUACAAGGAGGAGCUCAGUCUUGUCAAGGUUAAGCUUCAGGUGAAUGGCUGACGUCCAAGUGCUGAUGACUGCCUGACAAAGUAACGCGUUACAGUAAGGAUAUUACUUUUUGGGGUAACGAAGUAAAGUAACGUAUUACAUUUAAAAUUCGGUAACUACACUACUUUACUAGACUAUAGUAACGCGCUUACCUGCGUUACCCAAGCCGUGUUCGCCUGCUUGCCUCGGCACGUUGCCAUAGCGAUCGAUUUGAGUGACGUAGCUGCUUGUGCGAAGAAGUGUUCAAGCGCAGAAAACAGAGAAGAAGCAGAUGACACGGAAAGACAGGCUGGUUGCAGGGCACUUAAUUUUUGUUCUCAUGUUUCCCAAAGCCUGUGUUUUUGAAACUUGUGUGUUGCUACUGAUUGACUUCACCAUAGCCUAGUUUAUCCUGUUGUAUGUGGAUUUUACAGUGAGGCAUUUCUUUGUGCAGACAGGGAUAUUGUUCUUUCAUAUGGUUUUACAUGCUAUUUUGUAUAGAUUUAUGCAUAAACACUAAGUGAUGAUAGGGCUAUGAUGUUUGUCCAUGUAUCUACAGUAAAUUAAGAAACCGGAAAGUAAAGUAAUAAGUAGUGCAGUUACUUUUCAGAUGCAGUAACUAGUAAAGUAAUCUUAUUACAAUUUACAGAAGUAACUAGUAAUAAGUAACUAAUUACUUUUUGGGGGUAAUUACCCAAACACUGCUACUACUCAUCAUACUUCUACUUAUUAUCGUACUACCUAGAUAACCGCACUUACCACAUUUCCUGCAGGAAAGGCAUUUAAAAAAAAUUUCUCCUUCAGUGCAAUCGAUUAGUUAAUGUGGGAUGUAUAGGUAUGUAUUCAUUUGCGUGUGUGUGUGUGUGUGUGUGUGUGUGUGCGUGUGCGUG